AGUUUCGCUCUUGUUAUCCAGGCUGGAGUGCAAUGGCGCGAUGGCGGCUCACCGCAACCUCCGCCUCCUGGGCAAUUCUCCUGCCUCAGCCUCCCGAGUAGCUGGUAUUACAGGCACGCGCCACCAUGCCCAGCUAAUUUUUUGUAUUUUUAGUAGAGACGGGGUUUCACCAUGUUGACCAGGAUGGUCUAGAUCUCUUGACCUCGUGAUCCACCCGCCUCGGCCUGCCAAAGUGCUGGGACUGCCGGCGUGAGCCACCGCGCCCGGCCCUGUCCUUUCUUGAAAGUCCUACUGGGCGAAAACGAAGCCCUUCUCCGGCUGCCUGCCCUCCGGGAGAAGCCGCGCCCCCUCAGGCUUACAGGGUUCUGGGCGCUUACCGACGCCCAUUCCCGGCGCGCACCCGGAAGUCCCGAGCUCCGGCCCCGCCUUAGCCGCCCCCUCCAGCGCCCCGCCUUGCCCCGCUCCACCAACUCCUCCUCCCCGCUCCACCGCGCCUGCGUAGUGGGCCGUGGGCGCCCUGCGCCUGGGUGGCUGUUGCAGUUCGUCAGGUGCGGUGCGCUGCUCGUGGCAAGGGGGCGGGGACGGGGGCCUUCUGGCUCGGCCUGGGGCCGGCGAGAGCGCUAACCAGCGACGGCGGCAUCAGCGGCUAGCAGGCUGGAGUGUAAUAACAGGAUCUCAGCUCACUGCAACCUCCACCUCCCGGAUUGAAGCCCUCUCCUGCUUCAGCCUCCCGAGUAGCUGGGAUUACAGGCAUGUGCCACCACACCCAGCUAAUAUUUUGUAUUUUUAGUAGAGAUUUUGUUUCACCAUGGUUGCCAGACUAGUCUUGACCUCCUGACCUCAGGUGACCCACCCCUUUCAGCCUCCCAAAGAGCUGGGAUUACAGGCGUGAGUCACCAUGCCCGGCCUCAUAUGUGUUCGGUAGAGAGCCCCGCCAUCUUUCCCCCAGGUCUCUUGCCCCCACCUUCCCCUCAGGCUUCCUGCUGCCUUGAGAAAAGCUCGCCAAACCAGUUCUGUUCUGCCCAGCAACGACAAGUAGCCAAUCGUCGCAACAGAAAAGCCCGCCAAGCCUCGGCCUAUCCUGAACCGACACAUAACCCUCUGAGCCACCUCAGCAGCCUGCCCAGAAAUGGACAGCCUAUCCUAAGCCCCCACGACACUCCGCCAGCCCUGUGUCCACGCCCCGUCCACCCCCCUAUAAAACCCUCCUACCCCAGCUGCGCAGUCGCAGCCAGCCCCGAUCUCCUUCCUUUCCUGGCCUGCCCGCUGGUCCCAAUAAACCUGAACUUGGCUUCCGACUCUCGCUCGAGCUGUUACUUGGGAUCGGGUACCGGGCAGGGGUCCACAAGAGGGGUCGCACAUUUGGUGCCGAAACCCGGGAGCGAGGGUCGCUAGCCCCCCUAGCGACCCCCUCCCUCCAGCGACCUCUCCAGCCCUCCUCCAAUUCGGCCUCAGCACUCCGGACCAGGUAAGUCCUGUUUCUUACCUUCUCCUUCCGUGGUGCGUGUGGCAAAGGCCCUUCCUCUCAGUCCCCGUCCGCGGAUCCCUCGCCAAGCGCCGGCCGGCCCGAGCAGGAUCCCCCAACCAGGCUCCAGGAGCCUUGGGUCGGCAGACAAGGGACGCCUUCUCUGACCCACCCAAAUCCGAAUAAAUAGGAAUGAUCAGACAGGGGACGCCUUCUCUGAUCUUUUCCUAUCCGCCUCCCUCUGGAGUAGCUGGUGGGUUGGAGGGACGCCUCCCCCACACUACCCCAGCCCACUCGGAUACUGUUCCGAGCUCGCAUAUUGUUCCGAGACCUCCCUUGACUGGCAGGAAUCCUUCGCCGCGCGCACCAUGGGGAACGUGGAGUCCAAAAUUCCAAAAAACACCCCACUUGGUUGUUUGCUUCUCAAUUUCACUCGUUUGGGCUACUCCCAAACCCUUAGGCGAAAAAAGCUUAUCUUCCUCUCCCAGGUGGCCUGGCCCCAGUAUCAGCUCGAUAACAGGUCGCAUUGGCCUCCCACCGGCACUUUCGAUUUCAAUGUGCUUCGCGACCUAGAUAACUUCUGCCGCCGAACUGGCAAAGAUAAGGAAGUGCCUUAUGUUCAGGCUUUUUGGGACCUGCGUUCCCACCCUGACCUCUGUUCCACUUGCUCUACUCACCAGGUCCUCCUAGCUCAAACCACCCUACCUCAGACCCCUACCACCUCAACCAAACCACCUCCAUAUAUCAUGCAGGAAGAGAUGCCUGACCAUUUGUCUUCCCCCUUUGUUCCAACUCCGGAAGUCACCGACCCACCUAACCCCCCUCCCUCUGUGCCUCCUCCCACUGUGCCUUCUUCCUCCUCUCCACCUACGCCUUCCGCUACUCCCCCGACCGCUCCUCCUCCCAUCUGCUCUCCCCCUUCUUCCCCCGUGGCGGCCCAUACCCGUACCAAGACUUCAGCGCCUCCCUCUGUCAUAGCACCCCUACGGGAGGUAGCCGGGGCGGAGGGCCUUGUCCAGGUUCAUGUCCCUUUUUCUCUCCAAGACCUAGCUCAAAUUGAGCGCCGCCUUGGGUCUUUCUCGGCUGACCCCUCCACGUACAUUAAGGAGUUUGAGUAUCUCACCCAGGCCUAUAGUCUCACUUGGCAAGACAUUCGAGUCAUCUGUACAUCGACCCUCUCUGCCGAGGAGCAUGAACGCGUCCUAGCGGCAGCCAGGCAUCAAGCAGAUAGGGAUCAUGCCAUAAACCCAAGCCAAGUUCCAGUAGGUACAGAAGUCAUUCCCACUACAGAUCCCCAAUGGGUAUAUCAGGAUGGGGCCAGCUCCCACAUUCCGGCCCGGGACCGUAUGCUUCAAUACCUGCUGCGUGGGUUAGAAGCGGUAUCCAAUAAAGUUGUUAACUAUGAUAAGCUAAGAGAGGUCACCCAGCAGCCAGAUGAGAACCCUGCCCUCUUUCUCAACCGUCUUCAGGAAGCCGUUGUCCGCUAUACCCGACUAGACCCAGCCUCCCAAAAUGGGGCUACUAUCUUAGCUUCCCACUUCAUUUCCCAAUCUGCGCCUGACGUUCGAAAAAAACUUAAGAAAGCUGAAGAAGGCCCAGAGACCCCCAUACAAGACCUGGUUAAGAUGGCUUUUAAAGUCUAUAACGCCAGGGAAGAUGCAGCUGAGGUUGCCCGCCAAGCUCGAUUAAAGCAAAAGGUUGCGCUGCAGGCCCAAGCCCUAGCGGCAGCCCAAACUCAAGCCCUGGUGGCAGGAGUCAGGGGUCCAGACAGCCGCUCCAAGCCCCCGCCAGGGGCAUGUUUCAAAUGUGGCAAAGAAGGACAUUGGUCCCGAGCCUGUCCACAGCCACGGCCGCCCACCAGGCCCUGCCCCCUCUGCCAGCUCAGUGGCCACUGGAAAUCAGAGUGUCCCCAGGGAUCCAGGACCCCGGCCAAUGCAAGCCGAGGUACUGGACCAAGGGGUACCUCUUCAGGGGGGCCAGCCCCGACCCCUCUACUCGGGAGUCUGGCUCACCUGAUCACUCAUACCCCGAGCUACUGGGGCUUUUAGACGACUAGGGGGGCCCAGGCUCGUCGACCCCAGUGACCCUCGCCGAGCCUAGGGUGUCACUUCAGGUAGCGGGAAAAAGCGUCUCCUUUUUGCUCGAUACGGGGGCUACCUACUCUGUACUUCCCUCCUUCCAAGGCCAGACCAUACUCUCCCAGGUCUCUGUUAUGGGAAUCGAUGGGGCUGCACACACCCCACGCCAAACUCCACCGCUCACCUGUAUGUAUAACUCAGUCCCAUUCAGCCAUUCUUUCCUCAUAAUUCCGUCUUGCCCUGUGCCUCUGCUGGGGCGAGACAUCCUGACAAAACUCAAAGCCCACAUUACUUUUCCGGCCUCUCCCCAACACCUCCUGUUAGUGGCUCACCAUCUUAACUUCAACUCAGACUAUGCUUCCCCAGACAUUCUCCUCCCCGAAGUAGAUCCUAAGGUAUGGGAGACGGACACACCUAUAGUAGCUACGCACCACAAGCCAGUUAGGAUCUGUCUCCAGGAACACUCCCCUCGAUUUCUCUGUCGGCCUCAGUUCCCUAUUUCCAAGAAACACCGCCUAGGACUUCGCCCCAUCAUUGAAAGGCUGAAAAGCCGCGGCCUCCUAAUACCCAUCAAUUCCCCAUGUAACACUCCCAUCCUCCCAGUCCGAAAACCCUCAGGAGAAUACCGCCUUGUUCAAGACCUCCGACUAGUCAAUGCUGCAGUAGUUCCUAUACAUCCUGUAGUCCCAAACCCGUACACCAUACUCUCUAGAAUUCCCUCCGAUACUACCUUCUUCUCAGUCCUUGACCUCAAGGACGCCUUCUUUACCAUUCCCUUACACCCAAAUUCCCAUUUCAUCUUCGCUUUCACCUGGGAGGACCCACUCACUAACAACUCUUGUCAGCUCACCUGGACAGUCCUUCCCCAAGGCUUCAGGGAUAGCCCUCACCUGUUCGGUUAGGCCCUGGCGACAGACCUUCUAGGCUGCCGCCUAGCCCCAUCUGUUGUUCUUCAGUAUGUUGAUGACCUACUCGUCUGUUCCCCCAGCCAGGAAGAGUGCACCCGAGCCACUACUGUCCUGCUCAACUUUUUAGGAGAUAAAGGGUAUAGAGUUUCAAGAAAGAAGGCCCAACUCGUUACCUCAUCAGUCAUUUACUUGGGCCUACAGCUUUCCCCGGGGAAGAAAUCCAUUAUCCCCGACCGACUGCAGGCUCUGAAAGCCCUCCAACCUCCUCAGUCUGCCACUGAAAUACUCUCCUUCCUGGGGGUAGUGGGAUUCUUCCGACACUGGGUGCCCAACUUUGCUCUUUUAGCCAAGCCACUUUACCAAGCAGCUGCAGAUACUCCUGAAGGCCCACUUACCUCACAGGGAGCAGUGACCCGAGCCUUCCAUGCGCUCCUACAAACGCUAUGCGCUUCCACCUUUCUUGCUCUACCCAAUCCUAAUCUUCCUUUUCAUUUGUAUACGGAUGAGAAAGCCCACAUCGCGGUAGGAGUCCUGGCUCAGCCGGUCGGCAACACCCUCCUUCCACUAGCAUACCUUUCCAAACAACUCAGCCCCACAGAAAAAGGGUGGCCGCCUUGCCUUCGAGCCUUAGCAGCAGCCGCCGCACUUACUACAGAGGCCCUUAAGAUCAACCUCCAGCAACCACUCACAGUAUUCUCCCCUCACAAACUGCAGGAGCUCGUGUCUAGUCAGGCCUUACCACACCUCAGGCUGUCCAAGGCCCAACUCCUACACCUCCUCUUCCUGGAAAACCCCGACAUUUCCCUCUCUCACUGUCCUGCUCUUAACCCAGCCACCCUUUUCCCUUCCCCAACCGCUCCAACACAAGAUCACCGAUGCCUCGAGGUUAUUAUUGAAACUCAAUCCCCACGGCCUGACCUACAUUCCACUCCUAUCGAGGCCGAAGCGACGCUUUUUGUAGAUGGGAGUUCCUUCCUACGCCCAGGAAAACCCCGUAUUGCUGGAUAUGCAAUAGUGACUCCUUCAGACGUCAUUGAGACUCAUUCCCUUCCCCUAGGAACCACCUCACAACAGGCUGAGUUAGUCGCCCUUACCCGGGCUCUCAAAUGGGCCAAAGACAAAACUGUCAACAUCUACACAGACUCAAAGUAUGCCUUCCUUAUUGCCCACUCCCAUUGUAUGAUCUGGAAGGAGAGAGGAUUCUUAACCACUAAAGGCACCCCGGUAGUUAACGGGAGACUCAUAGCUGAUCUCAUCUCUGCCAUCCAGCUCCCAAAGCAGGUUGCCAUCAUUCACUGCCGGGGACACCAAACCUCAGGGUCCCUAGUAGCCCUAGGUAAUGCUUUUGCAGACAGGACGGCCAGAGAUUCUGCACAAACCUGCCCACCCCCAAAGGAGAUCUACUUCCUGUCACGCUGCUACAAACCACAGUAUUCCGACUCUGAGCUCGAACUUUUACAGCAAAAUCCUGAAGUGACCUUUAGGGAUGGAUGGGCCUUCAACCACAAUCUUCUGAUACUUCCCCAAGCACAAAAAACUACCAUCAUAAAGGACAUCCAUGAUUCCUUGCAUAUCGGGCCAAAGGCCCUACUCCACUUCCUCCUACCCAUAUUACAUCCAGAAGGGCUCCCUUCCCUUAUUCACCAGGUCCAUGCUCAAUGCCCCAUUUGUGCGAAAACCAACCCGCAAGGGGCUUGUCAUCUUGUGUGGAUCCUUACCAGGACAAGAUUGGCAAAUUGAUUUUACUCACAUGCCAAGACAUAAGAAAUUUCGGUUCCUGUUAACCAUUGUUGAUACUUUUUCAGGCUGGAUCGAAGCUUUUCCCACUACUUCGGAGUCCGCCGACACUGUUGCUGCCCACCUCAUCCAGGACAUCAUCCCUCGGUUUGGGCUCCCGGCCACUAUUCAGUCAGACAACGGCCCGGCCUUUGUCUCCAAAGUUACUAAUGCUGUCUGUGCUUCCUUAGGGAUUCAGUGGAAACUGCAUGCGGCCUACCACCCCCAGUCGUCGGGUAAGGUAGAACGGGCCAACGGACUAAUCAAGGAUCAACUUACCAAACUCUCUCUCGAGCUCAAGCAGUCGUGGGUCUCAUUGCUGCCAUUAGCUCUUGCCAGGCUGCGGGCCCGCCCCCGAGGAGCUUCACAGCUCAGCCCAUUCGAGCUCCUAUACGGGCGACCCUUCCUGCUAUCUACUCCACCUUCUCCGGAAAGUUCCCCCUUGAAUACCUACCUCCCCUAUUUUACUCUCCUCAGACAUUUACUCAGGGAACACGCCAACGCCUCCAUACCCCAGACCUCAGAGAUUCCACCCACUCUGGGAAAAGUUGCCCCUGGUGACUCUGUCUUCAUUAAAACCCUCACUCCAAAACCCCUCUCACCUCGGUGGGAAGGGCCCUACACUGUCAUUUUAACCACCCCCACGGCUAUCAAGGUUGCUCAGAUCCCAUCCUGGGUACAAGAAGUGUCCAAGUGGCUCCUUUAAACCUCGUUGGGAGUGCGUUCCCACAGAUCCCCUAUCACUCAAAAUACAAAAACUCUGACCUAUUCAACCUCUCCAACCCCGAGCCAACAUGUGGCCCCUACUCGCUGUAAUUUCCACUCUCUUAUCCACAGUUCGUAGUGGAUUUGGGCAACAGUAUGAUCUCAACCAAGUUUUAAAUUCUGUUUAUGGUGAGCCCUGUGAAUGCAAAGGAGGGAUUAUACUCUCUACGCCCUCAUCCUUCACUAGUCAAGUUGAUUGUGGAACACGUACAGCCUACCAUACUGGCUACGGCGGCAGGACAAACUAUAAAUGCGUUGACAAACCCACCAUAGCAACAACUUCCCCAGGGUCUCCCCAACCAGCCUGUAACUGUUCCACAGAAAUUCAUCUGUCUGUCCACAGCAGUUGCUAUAAGACUUACACCACUUGCAUAAGGAAUAAUAAAACCUAUUUUACAGCCUGGAUUGAUGGCAAACGUGGUGGCUCAUUUGGAGGUGACUGGGCCUCUACCUCUCCACUGGGCAUCACCUAUAAAUAUGCCAUUGCUCCCUGCCCGGCUUUAGGAAAAAUGGCAUGUUGGGAAAGCAGCCCAAGCAUUGGUAUCAGUGAUGGAGGAGGCCCACAUGACCAAAUGAGGUCCCACCAUGUUAAAGAGAUCCUAAAGACCUUGUUUCCCACCAUAUCUUACCACCCCAUAUCCUUACCCAAGUCUCGACAGAUAGACUUAGAUGUCCAAACCCAAAAUCUCCUCAAAGCAGUUCACAGUUUCCUCCUACAUAGCAAUUCCUCAUUAGCUAACAACUGCUGGAUCUGUAUGCCUCUGGGUACACCUAUGCCUCUAGCCUUACCUACAAUUCCUAACUUUAGCACCAAUGGAACUCUCCGUCUUCCUUUUGCAGUUCAACCCUUGUCAAACCUCUGUACUAAUGUCACUUGCUAUCAAAAGCCCCUCAUGAAUAAUUCCUAUGACAUUGACUUAGGUUCAAUCACGAGUUCCUGUAACUGUUCCAAAUUUAUAAAUAGCAACUCCAGCAUGUACGCCCCUGCCGGACAAAGUUUUGUCUGCGGGAGCAACAUGGCCUUCUCUUACCUACCUCGAAACUGGACAGGAAUAUGUAUGGUGGCCUCCUUGUUUCCUGAUGCCAGCAUAGUUUCUGGGGAUGAUCCCAUCCCUCUUCCCAGCUUCGAUGUGAUCGUGAGCAGGAAAAAGCGGGCAAUUCAGUUCAUUCCUCUGCUAGCUACCCUUGGAGUAACCGCUGCCCUAUCCACAGGGGCUGCAGGACUUGGCUAUUCUUUACAUUCUUAUCAUCAGCUCUCCCUCCAACUGAUUAAUGAUGUUGAUUUACUUUCAUCCACUAUACAGGUUAUUCAGGAUCAGCUUGAUUCCUUAGCUGAGGUGGUCCUGCAAAACCGCCGAGGCCUAGACCUACUUACCGCAGAAAAAGGAGGACUAUGCCUGGCACUAGAUGAAAAGUGCUGUUUCUACGCCAACCGCUCUGGCAUUGUUAGAGAUAAGAUAAAAACCCUCCAAGAAAAUUUAGCCGCAAGAAGAAAGGCACUCCUCGACAACCCACUAUGGGGAGGGCUGAACGGCAUCCUACCCUAUCUCCUCCCCCUUCUCGGUCCCCUCAUAGGAUUUCUCCUUCUCUUAUCAGUUGCCCCAUGUUUCUUUCAGUUUCUACAGCCCCGGUUUCAGGAACUCACCCGGCUCACCAUCCAUCAGAUGUUACUACAGCCAACCCCUCGUCAUUCCAAUUACGCAUACCACCCUCUGCCGACUUCCCAGACUCUUUGAAACCCCACUCCGCCCCUGUACAGCAGGAAGUAGUCAGAUCGAUUCCAUCGCCCCCUUUUCCUUUUUUAAGGAGUCGGGAAUGUUCGGUAGAGAGCCCCGCCAUCUUUCCCCCAGGUCUCUUGCCCCCGCCUUCCCCUCAGGCUUCCUGCUGCCUUGAGAAAAGCCCGCCAAACCAGUUCUGUUCUGCCCAGCAACGAAAAGUAGCCAAUCGUCGCAACAGAAAAGCCCGCCAAGCCUCGGCCUAUCCUGAACCGAUACAUAACCCUCUGAGCCACCUCAGCAGCCUGCCCAGAAAUGGACAGCCUAUCCUAAGCCCCCACGACACUCCGCCAGCCCUGUGUCCACGCCCCGUCCACCCCCCUAUAAAACCCUCCUACCCCAGCUGCGCAGUCGCAGCCAGCCCCGAUCUCCUUCCUUUCCUGGCCUGCCCGCUGGUCCCAAUAAACCUGAACUCGGCUUCCGA